AUGGCUUCAGUUCGCGUUGUAUUCCUGACCACCCUCCUCGUGGUACUGAUGGCCGUGCUGACCUCCGCUGGCAGAACCACACGCUGGCCCAGACCUCAGAGUACCAAGAAGCCUCCUCGAACUGGCAGCAGCGGCGGUGGCGGUGGGGGAGGUGGAGGUGGAAGGUUCGGAAGGACCACCACCACCACGACAUCUCCCUCCAGUAUGCACACAGAUGAGACAACCGAGGUCAUGAUGGAUGCGUACACCCUGUCCCCUACAGACAGCACCACCUACUCCAGCGACACUUACCCUACUGAUUUCCACACCGAUGCCAUUGCGCCCCCCGGGAACACCCUUGGAAACUAUACCCUCGACUACAAUGAGUGUUUCUUUAACUUUUGUGAGUGCUGUCCACCGGAGAAAGGCCCUGUAGGGCCCAUGGGAGAGAGAGGACCACCAGGACCUCCUGGAGAGAGGGGCCCUGUCGGGUUACCGGGAGAGAAGGGAGAAAUAGGGCCCAGAGGACCUCCAGGACCUGCAGGACUACCUGGAGCCAACGGACUCAAUGGCGACAUAGGUGAAAGAGGUGAUCAAGGACCAGCGGGUGUCCCUGGUACCCCUGGGAUCCCGGGAAAACCAGGAGAGAGAGGUGAUCCGGGCCCCAAAGGAGAAAAAGGUGACCGUGGCUUCAGCGGUCUGAAAGGUGACCCAGGAGAAAGAGGAUGGCCUGGUUUUAAUGGGACUAGGGGCAUCCCUGGGCGAGAGGGGCCUAUGGGUCCUCCUGGGGUUCCUGGGACAAAGGGUCAGAAAGGUGAACAGGGACUGAUGGGAGAGUGUUUACAGGGUGAGAAAGGCGAUGUGGGUGAGCGUGGUCUGAGAGGUGAGAUGGGUCCCCCGGGAGUGAAUGGGACUAAUGGAGCAAAAGGAGAGAGAGGGGAGCCAGGACUGAAGGGGGAUACUGGUGCCAGAGGGCCCCCAGGACCUCCAGGAGGGAGGGGCAUGGUGGGCCUGAGGGGGGAGCGGGGAGUUAAAGGUGCGCGUGGGCCUCGGGGGCCUAAAGGUUCGCCAGGUGAGAGUGUGGAGCCAGUCCGCUCUGCCUUCAGCGUGGGCUUGUUCCCGAGCAGGUCCUUCCCUCCGCCCAAUGUGCCUGUGAAGUUUGAUAAGGUGUUUUACAAUGGGGAGGGGCACUGGGACCCAAAUCUCAACAAGUUCAACGUCACCUACCCAGGGGUCUACCUGUUCAGCUACAGCAUCACUGUGCGUAACAGGCCUGUGCGUGCCGCCCUGGUGGUUAACGGCAUACGGAAGCUGCGAACCCGGGAUUCUCUGUAUGGCCAGGACAUCGAUCAGGCGUCCAACCUGGCACUGCUGCAGCUGAGUGAAGGCGACCAGGUGUGGCUGGAGACACUGAGAGACUGGAAUGGAGUCUACUCCAGCAGUGAGGAUGACAGCACCUUCUCCGGCUUCCUGCUUUACCCGGACUCAAAGAACAAACCUACAGCCUUGGAGAACCUGUGACCGCGACCUGUGACCUUUGAAUGAUCUUGGAUCUUCUUGUAGACUCUGUUCAACCUUCAGCCUAUUGCACUGCUCUGUCAAAUUCAUGUGAUUCACCUAAACAUACUGCUGCGGUAUACGCUCACGCUUCGC